AUGCUUCGCUGGCUGCGGGGCUUCGUGCUGCCGGUGGUGGCCUGCGAGGGUGCGCCAUCGGCCUCGCUCUAUGAGUCCCUCUUCCAGCAGCUGGACCGCAAUCGGGACGGAGUGGUGGACAUCAGUGAGCUGCAGGAGGGCCUCAAGAACCUGGGCAUCCCCCUGGGCCGCGACGCCGAGGAGAAAAUUUUUAAUACUGGAGAUACCAACAAAGAUGGGAUGCUGGACUUUGAAGAAUUUAUGAAGUACCUUAAAGACCAUGAGAAAAAAAUGAAGUUGGCAUUUAAGAGUUUGGACAAAAAUAAUGAUGGGAAAAUUGAGGCUUUGGAAAUUGUCGAUGCUCUCAAAACAUUGGGUAUAGAUAUUUCCGAAAAUCAAGCACAGUUGAUUCUUCAAAGCAUAGAUGUUGAUGGGACAAUGACCGUGGACUGGGAUGAAUGGAGGAACCACUUCUUAUUUAACCCUGCUGCAGACAUUGAGGAAAUAAUCCGCUUCUGGAAGCAUUCUACUGGAAUUGACAUAGGGGAUAGUUUGACUAUUCCAGAUGAAUUCACGAAAGAAGAGAAGCUGUCUGGACAGUGGUGGAGGCAGCUCUUGGCCGGAGGUGUUGCAGGUGCUGUCUCUCGAACGAGCACCGCCCCUUUGGAUCGUCUGAAAGUCAUGAUGCAGGUGCAUGGUUCAAAAUCAAACAAAAUGAAUUUAGCUGGUGGCUUUCAGCAGAUGGUGAAAGAAGGUGGCAUUCGUUCCCUUUGGAGAGGAAAUGGUACAAACGUCAUUAAAAUUGCUCCCGAGACAGCUGUUAAAUUCUGGGCAUAUGAGCAGUACAAGAAGUUGCUUACUGAGGAGGGACAGCAAGUAGGAACCGUCGAGAGGUUUAUUUCGGGUUCCAUGGCUGGAGCAACUGCACAGACUUUUAUUUACCCCAUGGAGGUUAUCAAAACCAGGCUGGCUGUAAGCAAAACUGGACAGUACUCUGGAAUAUUUGAUUGUGCCAAGAAGAUUUUGAAACAUGAAAGCUUGGGAGCUUUUUACAAAGGUUAUGUUCCCAACUUAUUAGGCAUCAUACCCUAUGCAGGCAUCGAUCUUGCUGUAUAUGAGCUCUUGAAGAAGCACUGGUUAGACAAUUUCGCGAAGGACACUGUUAAUCCUGGUGUCGUUGUGUUGCUGGGAUGCGGCGCCUUGUCUAGCACCUGUGGUCAGCUGGCCAGCUACCCCUUGGCUUUGGUGAGAACGCGCAUGCAGGCUCAAGCCAUGUUAGAAGGAACCCCUCAGCUGAAUAUGGUCGGCCUUUUUCGACGAAUACUUGCCAAAGAAGGAGUGAGAGGUCUUUACAGGGGGAUCACCCCGAACUUCAUGAAGGUGCUCCCUGCUGUUGGCAUCAGUUACGUGGUGUACGAAAAUAUGAAGCAAACCUUGGGAAUAGCGCAGAAGUGACAUGUUGAAGAUUUUGCUUUAGUGUGAUUACUGAAAUCUCAACAAUUUCGGGAGUUACUUUUUCUCCUAGAACUGCAACAAGACCAUGGCAAAAAAAAGCAAGCUGUAUUUUCUCAUAACAAGGGAGAGUAUAUCGUUGAUUACUUCAGCUAUUUUGGCUUAAUUUUAUAUGCACAGAAUUGCUUAAAAU